AUGUCACUUUUCGGUGGACGACAAGCGAAAUCCACUUCCAACAAGUUUGGCUGGGGUCGACGCGACACCUCGUCCGCACGUCAGCAGCAAGAGCGCGAAAUGCUCAUCGGCAGAGACGAAUUUGACGAUUCUGACGCCAUCUCGCUGCUGAGCAAUAUUGCGGAUCGUGAUGCUAGGCGUGGAGGCUCUGCUGGUGCGCGACGUCGUGCGCGUGCACGUGCUCGAGCGAAAGCGCAAGGCAGAAUGUGUGGUACUUUCUGGUUCGAUCUCGAGGAUUGGGGUCGAGCCAUGUCUUGUGGCCUGCUCGGAAGAGAUGGAGAGAACGAGGAUAUUGCAGAGGCAAGGAGACAGCGCGCAGCAUCGAUCGGCAGCGUCAUGAGUCGCGGCGCGAGGAGGAACCAUACUGAAUCGUCGACAGCACCAUCCGUAGCUACUUCAAGACACUCUCGCUCGCUCAGCGAUACGAGCACCGACAGUGCAGGCAGUCUAGCGGGCUCAGGAUUUGCCGAAGUCGAUGCAGAUGCGGGCAUGCUGGAUGACGGCGAAAUCGCCCGCUUCGGACAGCCAACUACGUCGGCAGCGGACACAGAAGCUAAAGCCCAAGCCCAAGCUGCUUCUGCCGCUGCGGAAUCGAAUACCCAAGCCCAAGCCCAAGCCCAAGCCCAAGCCCAAGCCCAAGCCCAAGCCCAAGCCCAAGCCCAUGCCGAUGCCGAUGCCGAAGCCGAAGCUGAAACUCUAGCUCGUGCUCGCGCUAGAACGCAAGAAGCCCAGCGUCAAGCCGCCGCCGAACGUCAGCAGGCGCUUGAAGCCGAAGCUGCUCGAUUGUCCAUUGAAGCCGAAGCUGAAGCGCAACGUCAGAAGGAUGAAGAAGCUCGUCUCGCAGCAGAAGAAGAAGCUGCCAUCGCCAAAGCGCGUCGCAAAGCCCAACGCAAAGCUGCCAAAGCUGGACUGUUGCAAUUGCAGCAAGAGACAAAAGCGGCGCAGAGGUGGCGCACCGAGGCUGAAGCCGAAGCCGCAGCUGGUGGCUUUGCUUUUACUGAUGCUGAUCGAGACGAGGUUGAGUAUGGAGCGUAUGCACAACAUCACUCUGAUUAUGCAGACUUUCGCGGGGAGCAAGAGGUGCAGAGCGCAGAGUAUGAUCAGUAUGGUGAUGUCGAGCAAGUGGAUAGAUACUAUGCGGCGACGGUCGAGGAGCGUGGAGCGGGAGGGGUGGUGCACCAUCAUCAUUACUACCACACAACACCACCGGUGGCUGAGGAAGACGAGUUCCACUAUCCGCUUCCGUCGUCAACGUACAACGAUGCCGAGACAGUCAAGCACGAAUCAGAGUCGUCUGCGACCGCAGCUGUAGUGGACCAAGUGUCUGAAGACGAAGCUGACAUUGCUGGGCUUUCGUUUGGGCGCAAGAAGACGCGUCGUGAUCAGGGCGGCAGUGCGGGCAGUCGCAGCGGUAGCGGCUUGAGACCUGCCUAUACGGCGGGCGGUUCAUCCUCGGGUGGCAGUGGGUCAGGGCUACGUGCAGCGCCCACCUCGGCCUCUUCAUCCUCCGGCAGCCGCGCAGCGUACCGCGAUCGACCUCGACGCCAUGAACGUACCAACUCGACCUCCUCCUCGGGGCUCUUGUCUCACCACUCUUCCAACCCUCUUCACGCGAGAACCGCGCCAUCCACUGCAGCGACGAGCAUCGCAUCCCCCAGCAUACUGCCCAACCUGUACGAGUCGCAGCCUAUCUACGCGCGCGAACCCGACGCCCACAACAUCGCACAUCCCCACCUCGCUGAUCCCGAUGUAGACACUAACGAGUUCGGCGUCAUCGCCGCCACAACACACAAAGCCGGCGCAGUAAGGCUCAAGAAAUCCUACAGAAAUAAGAGACAGCUCCAACCAGCUCAACAGCCCACCCAGACCGACAAUGAACAGUUCCAGGGCUUCCCCGGCUUCUAA